AUGGGUAUAAGAUUGUUUUCCAGCUGCAGAAACCUGUUGAUUAAGUCAAAUGUUAUUAGGAGUGCUGCUGCUGCUACAGCGACAGCUUCUGUGGAGAUGCCCAUGAGAAGCGCAGCGACGGAAACAAAGGGUGUAUUGGAUAGCGCAUUGCUCCUCGAGACUCCUAGCAAUUCUUGGACCAAAGAACAGCUGGCAUCAAUUUAUCACACGCCACUACUUCAACUGGUACACAGUGCUCAAUUGCAGCACAGGAAGUGGCAAGAUCCUACAAAAGUGCAACUGUGUACUUUGAUGAACAUUAAGACAGGUGGCUGUUCUGAGGAUUGUAAAUACUGUUCUCAGUCUUCACGUAACGAUACAGGCCUUAAGGCAGAAAAGUUGGUUCAGGUUGAAGAGGUCAUUAAGGAAGCUGAAGAGGCUAAGAAGAAUGGCUCUACGAGAUUCUGUCUAGGUGCUGCAUGGAGGGAUAUGAAAGGCAGAAAAUCUGCUAUGAAUAGAAUAUCUGAAAUGAUCAGUAAAGUCAACGAUAUGGGUUUAGAGACUUGUGUAACAUUGGGUAUGGUUAAUGAGGAGCAGGCCAAUAAACUUAAAGAUGCAGGUUUGACAGCAUACAACCACAAUAUUGACACUUCAAGAGAACAUUACAAGAACGUUAUUACAACUAGAUCAUAUGAUGACAGGUUAGAGACUAUUAAAAAUGUUCAGAAAAGUGGUAUAAAGGCUUGUACAGGUGGUAUCUUGGGUUUGGGUGAAACUGAAGAAGACCACAUUGGUUUCUUGUAUACUUUAUCCAACAUGUCACCACAUCCAGAAUCCUUGCCAAUUAAUAGGCUGGUUGCUAUAAAAGGUACCCCAAUGGCUGAAGAACUAGCAAAACCAAAUGCCAAGAAAUUGACCUUCGACGAAAUUAUCAGAACUAUCGCAACUGCUAGGAUCGUUAUGCCUCAAGCAAUUAUUAGACUAGCUGCUGGUCGCUACACAAUGAAAGAAACCGAACAGUUCUUAUGUUUUAUGGCAGGCUGUAACAGUAUCUUCACAGGCAAGAAGAUGUUAACCACCAUGUGUAACGGAUGGGAUGAAGAUAAAGAAAUGCUUAACAGGUGGGGAUUGCAACCGAUGGAAGCUUUCCAAUAUGAUGCACUUGAGGAAGAAAGGAAGAGAAAAAAACUUCAGGCUGCUGCUUGUUAG